AUGCCCAAUUAUUCGGGGCAUAGACAGCAGAUUAAGAGAAAACAAAACGAUAAAAAAAAAUGCGUUUGUCUGCCAACAGAUUAUAAAGUUAUUGAAUUUCCAGCAGUUUGGUCUGAACUUCGUGCAAAUAGUCAACUUUGUGAUGGCAAAAUAAUAUGCGCGGGAGACGAAAUUUAUCCAAUCCACCGAGCAAUUUUAUCGGCAGUAAGUCCUUAUUUCAAGGCUUUAUUUACCAACAAUUUGAGAGGGAAUACCAGCGAUACGAAGGAAGUGACAAUAAAUUGGGUACCUGGUAAUUUAUUUACAUUAAUCCUGGACUACGCAUACACCGGAACGUGCAAAGUGACUGUUGAAAAUGUUGAACAACUGCUGCCUGUUGCUGAUCAAUUUGAAGUUCUUGGAGUCGUUAAACUUUGCUGUCAGUUUCUGCUCCAAGAACUGUGGCCCGAAAACUGCCUAGGGGUUUAUAAAUACGCGCGACACUAUUUCUGCCACGACCUUGAGGAGAAGACGCGAAAAUACAUAAGACACAAUUUUAAAAAAAUAUUAAGACAGAGCACGGAGUUCAAAGAAUUGAGUUCUGGGGAACUGUGCGCUAUACUUAGUGACGAUGAGCUUAAUGUUAGGAACGAAGAAGUUGUUUUCGAGGCUGUAAAAACUUGGGUGGAAGUUAAGGAACAAGAGAGAUUGGGAUACUUGACUAAACUUCUCAAGUGCAUUCGUUUUGGUCUCAUUAAUUCGAAAUAUAUUUCUAAUAAUAUUUUAACCUGGAAACCUAUUCAAGAUAAUCUGGAGUGUCAACGUAUCAUAGAAUCAUCGAGUACAAAUACAGAAAUAUUUUCCCGUCCACGAAUUCCCUAUGAAAUUUUAUUCGCAAUCGGGGGUUGGAGCGGAGGUUCACCCACAAGUUUUGUAGAAACUUACGACACAAGAGCAGAUCGUUGGUUUUUAUCAGUAAAUACUGACGUGGUACCACGUGCUUAUCACGGUCUGUGUACUUUAAAUAACUUGAUAUACGUGAUCGGAGGUUUCGACGGACGUGAGCACUUCAAUACCGUGCGUUGUUACGAUCCUGUGACAAAGGAAUGGCACGAAAAGGCCUGUAUGUAUCACGUACGUUGUUACGUGAGCGUAUGUACCCAUGGGGGUAAAAUUUACGCCCUGGGUGGCUCAAAUGGACGGAUACGACUGUCAUCUGGCGAGAGGUACGAGCCGAAACGGAAUCAGUGGGAAAUGAUACCGCCUAUGCAUCGGCAGCGUUCAGAUGCAUCGGCAGCUGCGCUGAAUAAUAAAAUUUACAUCGUCGGCGGGUUCAAUGGAGAAGACAUUUACAGUUCUGCUGAGGCGUUUGACGUCGAAACGAGUCAAUGGAGUUACAUAAAAUCGAUGAUCAAUCCCAGGACUGGAGUUUCCCUUGUGGCUUUUCGUGACAGCCUCUACGCGUUCGGGGGAUACAGCGGACUCACCCGACUUACUUCUGCGGAAAGAUAUAAUCCGAGUCAGCCGGAAGAGUGGCAAGAAGUUACGCAAAUGUUUCGUGCCAGGAGCAACUUUGCUACCGUUAUUUUAGAUGAUAUGAUUUUUGUUAUUGGCGGCUAUGAUGGGUAUACGACCAUUGCUUAUGUUGAGUGUUAUGACCCCGAUACAAAUGAAUGGUACGACGCAUCGCCCAUGAAUUUGAACAGAAGUGCGUUGAGUGCUUGUGUGAUUCCUGGAUUAAUUAACGCCAAAGAUUAUUCGUAUCUCAGUAAAACAAAAAAUUUCGGACAAGGGCAAGCUGGUGCGAGAAAUCGCGGGAAACCUGACCAAAGUGGAGAAGGUCCGCACAUUGAACUAGACGACGAAAUUAACGAACCCGAUGGUGGAUCACGCUCGCAUCGAAAUUAG